GUUGUUGUGAUGUCGUUAACUCCUCUCCUGUUGAUCUCUCUGCAGGUCUCCCAGCAAGGAUACGACAACCAACAACGUCUCCUCCGCCGCCGCCGUUCCGGCUACGACCAGCGAGCCCCCCGCUGCCGUCUCUGCCGCCGCCGCCAGCGGCCCCCCCGCCCGGCCCGGCCCCCCUGUCAGACCCAGCCCCCCCACCAUCACCUCCCCCCCCAGCACUGGCUUCGAUGACCUGCUGGAUCUGGACCCCAUGGCUGCCCCACCAGGGGGUGCUGCCGCAGCCUCCACCACCACCGGCUGGGGAGAUCUGCUUGGCGAGGCGACCUCGGCUGCUACCGACGGCGCCGCGGACGCUCUUCUGGACGAGUCUGACUCUGUCCCUGACUCCGCCCCCGCCGCCGAACCUGCCGCCGCUGCUGCGCCCGCAGCUGCCACGCCCGCAGCUGCCACGCCCGCCGGCGCCGCUGGCCCUGCCCCCGCCUCACUGCCUGUCCCCGCCCCCGCCUCCUCCGCCGCUGACAUGGACCUGUUCGGAGAUGCGUUCGCUCCCUCUCCAGGCGACGGGCCAGCUACGGCAGUACGAGCACCUGCCGCUGAUGCAUUUGGUGGAUCUGAUCCCUUCGCCCCCUCUGAGGGGAGUGCAGCCAUGGCUCCAGAGAUGGACCUGUUUGCCAUGAUGCCGUCUGACACGGGGGCCGUCACCAUCACCCCCACCUCCAGCGAGGCUCCGCCCAUCGCCCCCGUCGCUCCGAUUGCGCCCGUCGCCCCCCCCAGGGCCCCUGCCACCACCACAGAGGCUACUGCUCCACCUACCCUCGACCUCUUUGGUGAUGUGUAUGAUUCUAUGCCUGAGCACAGCCCCACCACAGAGACCAAGGCAGUCACUCCUAGCGUAGACCUGUUUGGGUCAGACCUCCCUGCCGUCUCCCGUGGGCCCUCUCCCCUGCCCGAAGCCAACGUGACCGGAGACAUCUUGGUAACGGACUCGUUCUCUGAUCCAGCUCCAGUUCCAGAAGCCUCCUCUCCUCCCAAACCCGAGCCUGAAGCAGUCAUUGACCUGCUAGACACCUUCAGCAGUCCUGCGGAGAUUCAGCCUGAUGCCCCUGGGGGGCCUGUAGACGACCUGCUGGGAGGGCUCAUCUCACCCAGCCUGGCCCCCACAGCUGCCCCUGCCCUCGCGCCCGCUCCAGUGCUCACCCCCGCACCCGCCCCGGCCCCAGCCACGCUCCCGCUCCAGAACGACCUGCUGGAGUCUGGCUUCGACGUCCUGGGAUCCCUGCCGUCCCCGACCCCCCCCGUGCCAGCAAUGCCCACCAUGCCCGUCAUGCCCGUCAUGCCCGUCAUGCCCGCCAUGCCAGCCAUGCCCACGGCCCUGUCAACGGAGGAUACAGCCGCUGUGACAGCGCCAUCUGGUGGCUUCGACACCUCAGUGCUGGGGGGUCUAGGGGAGCUGCUCAUGCCUGCUAUAACGCCCCAGAGCACUGGGGGCAGCACAGCAGGAAGUACCACAGGGAGCACCGGCACCCCCGCCACUGUGGGGCCACUGCCGGCCACGCCCUCUGCCAAGACCAUCGGGGGAGACCUGGACUCCUCAUUGGCUAACCUGGUGGGAAAUUUGGGGGUGACGAGCCAGAAAAAGGACCAGCAGUGGAAUGAGAAGAAGCUGACAGGAGGGUCUAACUGGACCCCCCAGGUGGCCCCCACCAGCUGGGGUACACCCGGACCUCAAAUGCCUGGCUUCUCCCCCGGAGCCCCAGGAGCCCCUCCCCCUGGAGGACCUAUGGCUCCACCAAUGGGAGCCCAGCCCGGCUUUGGCAUGGCCCCGACAGCCGGGCCCGGGGCCCCCAUGAUUCCUCCCAUGAUGAUGGGACAGACCCCCAUGAUGAGACCAGCUUUCACUGGGGCUGCCGCACCUGGAGCACCGAUCUCUCCUGGUCCUGCCAGUCAGAGUCCUAAGAAGCCCAAGGAUCCCCUGGCAGACCUCGACCUCAAGGACUUCAUAUAACCCCCCCCCCCCCCCCCCCCCCCUCCUUGCCCUCCUAACCCCUCCCUCUAGCUGCUUGUUUUUCUGGAGCAGGGCCCUCCGAUCUGUCUGGUGUUUUACUACGUCCCAAGAUUCCAGAGAUGUUUGUCAGCCCCCCGCCCUCCACCCCGCCUCACCCUGCCUCGCCCCGCCCACUUUUGUGUAAUGUUGUAGCACAGACUGUGAAAGUGUUCGUUGGUGUGUGCUCGUGUGGAUGUCCUUUGUCUAAACAAAUCUACACGAAAAAAGUAAAAAAAAUUAAAAAUGAAGUGGACAUGAAAACGAGCAGGAGAGUGGAGGCGUGAGUGUUUAGGCUCUUUUUCCCAGUGUCUGCGUUUCAAUUGGAUGACGUGUGUUUAUGCCCCUGGGCCCGCCCCUUGCUCUCUGCGCUGGGCUCCACCCCCUUGGGGGUGGGGGCGGAGCUUCACCCCCUGACCGGCCCCUGGUCAGCUGUAAAGAAGCGUGUCUCGUGUGGUCUGCAGAGCGUCAUCGUGAUGUACAUAAACCUGGCAGACAAGACACAAAGGCUGUCUAUAUUCUGUAUGUCCGUGAAAGAGAAUAUUGAUGUGAAUCCGAUAUCGAGCUCUAUGAAGUCAUGUGAUCAUUAUCUCCCAUCAUCAUUUCAAACGUACUUGGAGACAAAUAGUGAAUAUACUGUAUAAUGAAUACAUAUUAAGAGUCAAUGUGUAUGGGCUGAUUCCAACAAAAGUCUCUGGUGAUAUUUAAGGAUAUGUUUAGUUCUCUGUAUUUAUGUAUUUGUAUUUUUUUAUUUAUUGAAUAUUUUUCUAUUUGUUUGAUAUUUUGGGCGUCAGGUCCUUUUGGUGGCAUCCUUCUCUCCUCUUCUGUUUGUGUGUGUGGUUGGUCUCUGGAGUGGACAGGUCCCAUGUUUCUGCUUGUUUUCAGAGAAUAAUAAUUCAGUUACUCCAAGGUCAUAUGUAGGUCACAGUCAGCGGGUCCCUCCUGAGCGAUGCUGUCAUAUCAACCAAUCAGACAGGAUCAGUCACCCAUAUCAGCCAAUCAGCUGUCUCUAAAAUCAUUGAGCCGUUCGUGAAAUCAACCUGUAUGGAUUGUUGUCAUGGCUACGCCCAGUCACAGUUAGAAGUAGGUUAUUUUUGUAUUUUAGAGGAGACAGUGCAUUCCUUUCCCAUCCUCCUGCUCUGUUGUCAUAUCCUGUUUCAGUAGUGCGACCCUCCCCUGUGGUUGAACCUGUGGUAUCGUGAGUGGACACGGGCCGGCAGCCUGUGUGUGUGCGUGUGUUUGUGUGUACACAGGAGGGCGCUGUUGAACAGUGAGACCCCCACACCACAACCCAUGACCCCACCCCCCACCCCACCACCCACCCACAACCUAUGACCCCACCUCCCCCAGCCCCAGAUAUAGAGGACACUCUGUUUAAAUGUCUAUGAAAGUGACCGUCUCAGACAUUGUUGUGAAAAAAGAUGGUAUAAAACUAUAAAGGGGAAAAAAUACUUUCUCAUGAUUGAGCUAAUAAUGUAUUUUUAUUUUUAAAUUGGUAUGUUUUUUUAUUUUAUUUUUGUUUACGAUGGCCCUCUCCCAGUGCAUGUAAGCCCUUUGAGAUGCAAUAAACUCAAUGAUGGAAAGAAGA